AUGGCCAUCACACUUGAGGAUGUUACCAAAGUCCCCUUCUACAAUUUCCACGACCCUAUCCCAUCACCACCACCACCACCCUCCUUAUCGCGUAAACUUCCGACUUUCAAAACAACACUUCCCACGCUGUACUCAUCUAUACUCCUAGAACAUUCCGAGCCAGCACCACCGGCUCUAAAAGAACCCAUUACCCCAACACCAACACCACCACCACCACCAAAACCAAACCUCUUCCUCACCCUCCCAUCCGAACUCCGCGUCCUCAUCUACAAUCACCUCCUAAUCAGCCACCACCAACAACCCCCCCGCGGCCGAACUCUCUCUCUCUCCCUCUCCGUCGCUGACAACAUCGCCAACAAAAACAAGACCCCACCCUCCACCCUCAAGAAAAUCCACCUCUACACGCCAUACCAACACUACCACCUCCACCCCUCGAUCCUCCACACCUGCAAACAAAUCCACGCCGAAGCCUUCCCCAUCCUCUAUACCCACAACAUCUUCUCGAUAACCCAUCCGGCCCAACUCCUCCACCACAUCACGAACAUCGGACCCGUCAACACCUCCCUCCUGCGCUCUCUCCACAUCUUCGUCCCAUGGGAAUGCUCCAGCUCCGAUAUCUGGUCGUGGGUCGUCCUCCUCAAUGACUUAUCUGAGCACGCUACGGGGUUAAGACAGUUAGAAAUUGGAUGGGACACGCACAUUCGGUGGCUUCCGCACAUGGAGCCCGGCGAUGAGACAAGAGGGCUCGGGGAUAAUAUUCUCUUUGUGCAUGCGUUGGCCAGGCUGAGGCAGUUGGAGAGGUUGAAGAUUUAUGGUUUUUUUGGGAUAGAGUGGCCGGAGUAUUUGAGGAAGGAGUUGGGGAAGGGUGGGACGGUCGUGGAGGUGGAGUGUGGGUUUAGACCGGAUGUGUUGGAGGGGUAUGAGGAGGCUGGCGAGGGGGCGAAUGAGAGGGUGAGGGUUGGAAGGAUUUUGGAUGAGGCGAGGGAGUUGGAGGAAGAGAAUAUGGAGAAUUUUAGAUUGUUUCAGAGGGGGACGGUGGGGGUUGUGCCUUAA